GGAUAACGACGGCGCGCUCCAGUCGCACUUCAACUCGGCAGCACAAAUAUCGCUAAUUACGAUGUUCUUAUCUUCUGCGCAGUCUGGGAAAUCUGCAAAACUAAACGAGCCAAGCAACAAGAAUGUGGUACCAGACAUAUGAUUUGGACCACAGAAGGAAAAACGUGAAAAGGACUGAUUGACAAGAUGGCCUCUAAUGACCUUGACCCCUUAAACCCCCCUGGUAGCCCCCAGCCCGGUGACCUCAUUGAGAUCUUCAGACCAGCCUAUCAGCACUGGGCUCUAUACCUAGGUGAUGGUUACAUCAUCAACCUAACACCAGUGGACGAGAGCCAGGCGGCGGCCAUGUCCAGCGUCAAGUCCGUGUUUAGCCGCAAGGCUGUUGUCCGCAUGCAGCUGCUGAAGGAGGUCAUAGGGAGUGACUCGUACCGCGUGAACAACAAGUAUGAUGACAACCACACCCCUUUGCCCAUUACUGAGAUCAUUGACCGAGCUCAGAUGCUCAUUGGCCGGGUGGUGUCAUAUGACCUGCUGGGCAGUAACUGCGAGCACUUUGUUACUUUACUUCGCUAUGGGGAGGGAGUGUCUGAGCAGGCUUCACGAGCGAUCGGCGCAAUCACCUUGGUGACAGCCGCUGCCAGUACCCUCUCCAUGCUAGGGCUCAUCAACACCCGCUCACGAAGCAGGCCUUCCUGACACGCCCCCUGGCCCAUGCCCC